UUGUUAUAUUACUUGUAUUUUCUGUUAUUAAUCACACAUAUUUUGUUUUUCAGGUGUCGAAACCGGUGUGGGUAUACUGACACCCCGCGGUCAGACAUGGAGUUUUGGCGGAGUGAAGACCAUCUCCUGGAGGGGGCUUCUGGUGGGUCAGGAGACCAGUUCAUUCUCCUGCCUUUUUGCGGCACUGAGGAGCUGAGUGACGCCUGUCUGCAGUGGCAGGGUGAGGGUCCAGACCCCUGGAUGGAGCUCAGGCGGGUUCAGCACGAGUUCCUCGAGGGGAAGUUGAGGGCCCUCAUUGAGACGGUGGAGUCUCACUGCGCAUGCGACCCCCCCAUUCUCCUGCCUUUUUGCGGCACUGAGGAGCUGAGGGACGCCUGUCUGCAGUGGCAGGGUGAGGGUCCAGACCCCUGGAAGGAGCUCAGGAGGGUUCAGCAUGAGUUCCUCGAGGGAAAGUUGAGGGCCCUCAUCGAGAAGCUUUCCUCGCCCAGGCGGCAUGGUGGGAGAGUCCUGGUGCCGGUAAGGGAGGCAGCCCCCGCCCACAGGCUGGACUCUACUAAGCCUGAUGUCCCAGGUCCAGUUGCACAGGCUGUGUGUGACUCAGACCUCGUGGAAGACAAUGUCAGAGAGAAGAGGUUGGAGCCAGCUCCUAAAACACAGUGCCAAGAAGCUCCAGCUCCAGAACUCACCACCACCUCUCAUCCACAGCCAUCCAGCCAGGGAGACACUGCACCAUCACUUACCACUAACACAAAGAGCAGAUCCCUCAAACACCUUGCCACCAACUUAAGAACCUCCAUUGUGUGUCGUUCCAGGUCUUCUCGCCGCGUCCUGGUGCAGGUUCGAGAGGCGGAACCAACUCACAGGCUGGACCUUCAGGACACAAAGCCUGAAUUUGAGCCAGUGCCAGCUGCACAGGAUGAGGACGACCUGGAGGUCCUGGAGGUGGAGGAUCACAGGCCGGGCUGUGAUGAGCGAAGGGAGACAGCUCCGAAAAGAAAGAAAGGAUGGCUACGGCACCUGCUCAGCUGCUUCAGGUGGACAGCAAGAAAGAGCUGAAAAGGUGGUCUGUAGAGGAUCUGGCUGUAGAGCUCUUAAACACUAUGCACACAUACAUACAGACAUACAUACCUACAUAUAUACAUACACACAUACAUUAAAGGGUUAUACUUUUAUAGUGGUAUGGAGGUCGUGGGUAAUAUUCUGUGAUAUCCUAUGUCGUGAGCUUGGAGGGGGGUGAGUCUGGGAUGCCAGAUUUCACUGCUGGGUCUUCCUGAGGUGUUCAGCGUAACGCUUAUGAAGGGAGGUGCUCAGCGGAUGACCCCUGUGAAGAGCUUGAGGUGUAGUGAAGGAUCAGUGUAUAGGAAAAGGUAAGGGUGGGCGUUUCAUGUUUGGGAUAAAAGCUGCUGAUUGGAUGGUAAAUGGCCACAGCAGCGUAGUUGAUAGGUGUAUGAGUUUAUGGUUCUCAUAUAGUGUAAUAUAAGUGAGUGAGAGUAGAGUAUAGGGGAAGGUAAUGGGCGAGGCUCUAGAUUUAAACACAGUUGCAUUACUUACAUAGACAUAGAGAUAGGAGAAGGAUUCACAUAGAAAAACACAAACUCACAUACAUACACAAACACACUAAUACACUCACAUUCACACAUACAUACACAAACACGCUAAUACACUCACACACACACACACAAUUUCAAACAAACAUACAUAUACACACAUGCACAUGCGUACACACACAUACAUUUACAAAGACACAUUAAUACACACACAGUUUCAAACACAUACAUACACAAACACACACAAUUUCAAAUACACAUACACAACUGUUUGUGUCUUUAUGUGCAUGUGUGUAUGCAUGUGUGUAUGUAUGUCAGUAUGUGUGUUUGUAUGUUUGUAUGCGUGUGUGUGUGUAUGUGUGUUUGUGUAUGUAUGUGUGUUUAUUUAUGUAUGUGCAUGUAUGUACAUGUGUGUUUAAAAUUGUGUGCAUGUGUUUGUAUGUGUGUGUGUGUGUGUGUGUGUGUGUGUAUGUAUGUAUGUGUUUAUGUGUGGUAUUCUAUGUAUGUUCAUGUGUAUGUAUGAAUGCAUAUAUGUAUGUGUGUGUGUGUGUGUCUGUUUGUGUGUGUGUGUGUGCGUGUGUUAGGGCUGCAACCAAUGAUUAUUUUGGUAGUUGACUUAUCUGAUGAUAAUUUUGUCAAUUAGCCGAUUAGUCAGCGAUUAUUUCUGCCAUGUUCUCCAUCUCUAAAAACAACAGAAAAACAGCUAAACAUGACAUUUAAAAGGCAUUUAAAUGUCCAGAUGUUUAAAUGUGGAAAGUACUGAUAUUUAGAGAGUAAAUCUUUAAUAUGUUGUGUUCAGGCACUUUUGGAGACACGGACUAAGUUGAGUGUAAACUGUAAAUGACACAUUUAUCAAUAUCCUAUUGCGCUUCUGUCCCCAGCACUUUGUGUAAUGCAGUACUGUUACAAAUUAACGAUUAGUGGACAAUUAAAUUUGUAGUCGACAAAUUUAA